ACAAAAGAGAGAGAUAGAAAGUAGAGAAAAGAAAAGAAGAGAAGAAAUAGAUGAGUAUGAAUAACAGGAUGCGUUUAGCAACACUAUCAGAAGAACCAAUUGAUGAAGAUGGAGAAUACAAACAUCAUAAUAGCAUAUGGUAUACAUCAUCAAAGAAGGCACAAACAUGGCUCAAAACACAUUUCUCUUUAUCCAAUAAACACAACAAGCCCAAUAAUUAUUAUCUCAAUAUUCUUUUAAGUGUUUUGGGUUGCCCUUUGUUUCCUGUCUCCCAACUCCCUUCUCCUGAAUCCUCAUUUUCUCAGGUUUCAUCAUCAGCACAAUACAUAAUACAACAUUUCACGGCAGCCACUGGUUGCAGGAAGCUAGAAGGGACAGUAAGGAAUAUGUAUGCCACUGGAAAAGUUACCAUGGCCAUGGUAGAUGAACUCAGCUCAAACGGAUCAACCACCAUCAGUAAUAUUGGGAUGCCACAGAAGGGUUGCUUUGUUAUGUGGCAAAUGGUACCAAACAAGUGGUUAUUUGAGCUUGCUGUUGGCGGCCACAAAGUGGUUGCUGGCAGUGAUGGCAAUGUUGCUUGGCGGCAUACACCGUGGCUUGGGUCUCAUGCUGCCAAAGGUGGCGUCCGUCCACUCCGCCGUGCUCUUCAGGGCUUAGAUCCUAUGGCUGUGGCAGGUGUGUUCUCCCAAGCACAAUACAUGGGAGAAAAGCGAAUCGGGGAUGUUGAUUGCUUCGUCUUAAAACUGUCAGCAGAUGAUGCAGACCUAGCAGAUCGAAGCGACAAUACAGCAGAAAUGAUUAAGCAUGUAAUGUUUGGUUAUUUUAGCCAAAAGAAUGGGUUACUGGUGCACUUAGAGGACUCUUAUUUAACUAGGGUCCAAGUACCGGGUUCAUUCCCCAUGUACUGGGAAACCUAUAUGGCUACAAAAGUAGAGGACUACCGAAUAAUCGAGGGUGUGAUGAUUGCACAUUCUGGCCAAUCAGACGUGAUAAUUACAAGAUUUGGAGAUAAUUUGAGGGCAGGCCCUGUCAUCACAAGGAUGGAAGAGAAAUGGACUAUAGAUGAUUUGGCAUUCAAUGUCCCUGGUCUGUCUAUGGAUUGUUUUAUCCCUCCAGAAGAGCUACACAAGGAUUGUACAGAAGAAAAUCUAGAUUGGAGAUCAACACUAAAUGGAUCAUCUUCAUUGUCAUUAUGAUUAAAGCCAACAGUUACGAAAUCAAUAAAAUGGUACCUUGGUCAUCUUUCAAGAGUUUUGUAAAAUGUGAACGUGUAUGUAUAUUGAUUAAAUUCUUAAAAUGUAGUUUUCUAUCUUCUUUUCA